AUGUCUAAUAAGUAUCUGGCAACUCCUAAGCCAGCUCCUGAGCUCACCAUACCACAAUCAGACAAGUUUGUUAAGGUAUCCAUCAUUGACAGUACAUCACAUGUCGACUUGCCCGCCGAGUUGUUCUUGAAGCCUACAUACAAGGGCAAAUCCCGACUGGCCGGUCCUACUUUCUCCUUCCUAAUCGAACACGACUCUGGCACGCGCAUCUUGUUUGACCUAGGAAUUCGCAAAGAUGCCGAUAACAUGGCACCAUCAAUCGUGCACAGCUUCAAGUCACAGGGCUGGACUGUAAAGGCCGACAAGAACACUGCCGAUAUCUUGCAAGAAGCAGGUUUUGAUAUUCAAGGUGGUGAUAUUGAUAGUGUGAUUUACUCUCAUAAUCACUUUGAUCAUGUUGGAGAUAUGACGACUUUCCCAUCGUCUACUCAACUUAUUGUUGGUCCUGGCUUCAAGGCUGCUCAUCUACCUGCAUAUCCCAUCAACAAGGACUCGCCCAAUCUCCAAAGCGACUUUGACGGUCGUGAUGUCCGAGAGGUCGAUAUUAAGCAUGAGGGAGCUGGCUUGAAGAUCGGACGUUUCCACGCUUAUGACUACUUUGGAGAUGGUUCGUUCUAUCUCUUGGAUACCCCUGGCCAUGCUGUUGGACACAUGUGUGGUUUGGCUCGAGUUUCUGCACCACUAGACAAGCCGGCGACAUUUGUGAUGAUGGGCGGCGAUGCUUGCCAUCAUGCCGGAGAGUUCAGACCCUCAGAGUACCAACCUCUUCCGACAGAAAUCUCACCUUCGCCAAAGACACUGCCCCAGCCUAUUUGUCCUGGUCACCUCUUGCAGGACGUGCACUGCAACAAGAGCGCCAACGAGCCUUACUACGAGGUCACAGAGAGCUUCUGUCAUGAUCUCAAGGAGUGUCACUGGACUGUAGAGGGAAUGCAGGAGUUUGAUGCUUCAGACGAUGUUCUCUUGAUCAUAGCGCAUGACGCAAGUUUGUUGGGAGCUCUCGACUUCUUCCCUGAUUCGUUGAACCACUGGCGAGAAAAGGAUCUUGACGCAAAGACGAGAUGGAGGUUCUUGGGUGAUUUUAGUGAGGCAGUUGGUAAGCAGUAG